AUGGGCGGCGGCGGAAACGAUAUUCACUUUGGUAUUUAUCGAGACCCCACGGACGGGGUGCAAGAGUCUGCGAACAGAACGACCGAAUGGAUGAUGACGCAAUUGGACAUGGCGAAAGAAAUCACGAAGGAUAUGCACGUUUUAGAUGUUGGGUCGGGGCACGGUGGCGGGUCGCACGCCAUGGCGAAAAAGUUUGGGUGCAAAGUGACUGGGAUAAACAUCGGUCCCGGGCAAAACGCCAUGAACUUGGCCAAAGCGAAGGAGUUGAAGUUGGAUCAUUUAGUCGAUGCGGUCGUUGGGAACAUCAACGACCCGUUACCGGAAGAGUGGACCGGUAAGUUUGACGCGAUUUGGUCGUGCGAAGUUUUAUGCCACGCCGGCGAUAAGUUGGCGUUAUUUAAAGAUUUGUAUAGAUGUUUGAAACCAGGCGGGGCGUUUGUUUUCUCGGACAUUUGCGGCGCGGAUGGAGCGGACGAGAAGGCACUGAAAGCAUUCACGGACCGAAACGCGACGACGUUUAUGGGUCGCCCGAGUCAAUACAUUAAAGACGUGAAAGAUAGCGGCUUCACGUACGUCAACUGGUGGGACGGAAGCAACCAUUUGGAGAGAUAUUUCCGAGACAUGGUUAAACAAAUCGACGAUAAUAGAGAAGAGAUGAAAUCGAAAGGCAUCACCGAUCAGUAUUUGGACAACUGGCACGGAAGCUUAACGGAAAGAGCGGCAAUUCAAAACGAAAAAGGUGUCUUUGCGUGGGGCGUGUUUGUCGCGAGAAAGCCCGAGGUGGAGGGGAAGAGUUGGACGUAA